CUUUUUCAUCGAUACCCUUUGGCCUGAUUUGUAAAAGAAGUCGGUUUCCAGAGUCUGAGAGAUUGAAGUUUAGCUGUUGUUGUUUAGAGCGUGUGACAAUGACUACCACAGAGGUGAGAGGAGACGAUAUAGAGGCUCCUUUGAUUGAUCCUGAGAAUGGUUCCAGGCCUCGUCGUAUUGCUCUUUUCAUUGAGCCUUCUCCUUUCUCAUAUGUGUCUGGGUAUAAAAACAGAUUCCAGAAUUUUAUAAGAUAUUUAAGGGAAAUGGGAGAUGAGGUAAUGGUUGUAACGACACACGAAGGGGUUCCGUCGGAGUUCUAUGGGGCGCAGUUGAUUGGAUCAAGAAGCUUCCCCUGUCCUUGGUAUCAGAAUGUGCCCCUUUCCUUGGCACUUAGUCCAAGAAUAAUUUCAGCAGUUUCACAGUUUAAGCCUGAUAUAAUACAUGCCUCUUCACCUGGGAUUAUGGUUUUCGGUGCUCUUGCUAUCGCGAAACUACUAUCGGUUCCCAUCGUGAUGUCUUACCACACACAUGUACCAGUGUAUAUCCCAAGGUACACAUUUAGUUGGUUGGUGAAACCUAUGUGGUGGGUAUUAAAAUUUCUUCAUAGAGCAGCCGAUCUCACACUGGUUCCGUCAGCUGCAAUUGCUAGAGAUCUCCAAGCAGAAAAGGUAACUGCAGCUAAUAGGAUUCGUCUAUGGAACAAGGGUGUCGAUUCACAAAGCUUCCACCCUCGGUAUCGCUCUCACGAAAUGCGAUUAAGAUUGAGCAACGGUGAACCGGAGAAACCAUUGAUAAUCCAUGUUGGACGUUUCGGAGUCGAGAAGAGCUUAGAUUUCCUCAAAAGUGUUAUGGACAGGCUUCCAGGAGCAAGAAUUGCUUUUAUUGGGGAUGGACCGUACAGGGGAGAGCUAGAGAAAUUGUUCACAGGCAUGCCUGCAGUUUUUACAGGGAUGAUACAAGGGGAAGAGCUCUCUCAGGCAUAUGCAAGUGGUGAUGUGUUUGUGAUGCCUUCGGAAUCGGAGACGCUCGGACUGGUCGUUUUGGAGGCCAUGUCUUCAGGAAUCCCUGUGGUAGGUGCUCGUGCAGGAGGAAUCCCGGAUAUAAUUCCUGCAGACCAGGAGGGAAAAUCUGGCUUUCUCUUCGCUCCCGGUGAUAUCGAUGACUGCAUGAGCAAACUGGUGCCCAUGUUACACAAGGAGCUGAGAGAAGCCAUUGGCCGAGCUGCACGUGAGGAAAUGGAGAAGUACGAUUGGAAAGCAGCCACGGAGACGAUACGCAACGAGCAGUACAACGAUGCCAUUAUGUUCUGGCGGAAGAAGCGAGCGGAGCUAACCGGACCUAUGCAGUGGCUUGCCGGACGCCUUUUCCCGUCCCAUGAAAUCAAGUCGAGGUGAUUUGGAUGUAUUAUGUUAGGUUUGCUGGGUAGAAUUUGAAGGAAUUUAGCAUGUUUACAGGGGAUUGCAGAACUUGUUCAAGGCUUCAAAGAGGGCCU